AUUCCCUGAACCCCUUGCCCUAUAAUCUAGAUAGAAAACAGGCAAGUAUCUUACAGAAUACCCAAAGGAGCCAACGUCUUCCAUAAAACUAAAUACUCAGGAGAGCAGGGCAGGGCCAUUAGCUUCAUGACUGUGGGAAAUUCGUUUAAACUUUUCACCUCAAUUAUGUCAUCUUGUUUUGACAAAAAUAUCUCGUUUCCAACCUCUCGUGCAGCUUUUAAAUCCGGUGAAGCUCACCUCUGCAUUUUUUUUUUUUUUCUUUUUGGCAGCCUUGAAAUCCUAAUAAAACAGAACGAGGAGGGGGAAAGCCCCAGAGAUAACCCUUUUGUCUUUGCAAAUGCCAAUGGUAUCCAUUCUCCUGUGCACCCAGGAGUCUGGGUGGACGAUGCCGCUGCCAGCGCCCUACCGUUCUAUUGCGUCUCCCUCGGGUUCCCGGCACCAUUCCCGGCCCUUUAGUGCGGUCCGACAUAGUACCGGAGUCAGCGGGCCUCUUUUCCCAUUUAAUCUACCAAGUGAGGAGGAUGGGCUGAUUAAUCCCGAAGAAGCUUUGUCUUUCCCUGAAACUCAAAAUGCUCCCUUAACCUGUCAUCCUCCAUCCCUGCCUUUCAAAGACUUCCGACCUCAGCCAGAGACUCCGCGCACCGGCUCAGAGGGCAAGGCACGCCCCACGCACCGCCCGUGCGCUCGGCGCUCCGGCUCCCUGCCCGCAGGAAGGAGCCACAUCUCGCGCGAUUCCUUCCACUUCUCGCGACACUUCCUGCCAGUCCCCUGCUGCCUUCCUCGCCCCACCCAUCGCUUCCACGCCGCGGUCCCGGCCACCUCACCUUUGCUCUUAGUAGCUUGGCUUGCCGCUCACCCGCUGGGAGCGCAGUGGAGACCGGUGUUGGGCACGAGCCUGGCGGGGCCGCAGGCUCCGCCCUGCUCCGCCCCGCCCCGCCCGGGCUCAGGGGAAAGGCCGCCGCGGGGACAUGUGCCCCCCUCAGCGAGGACAGGAGAGUGUGAAAGGCAGCGGGGCAGCCAGGGCUGGAAGCGGGAGGAGGCAGGUCCCCGAGCUCUGAGGUCCCAGAUCCGGGCUGCAGAAGGCCCAGGGUCGUGGGGAGAAGGGACACGCCAAGGUGGCCGAGAGAGCGAAAUGUCAUCAGUGGGGUCACACCAGGAACAAUUGUCCCAGUCAGAUCCAUCCCCAUCACCAAACUCAUGUAGUUCCUUUGAGCUACUAGACAUGGAUGCUGGCAGUUUGUAUGAACCAGUUUCUCCUCAUUGGUUCUAUUGUAAAAUAAUAGAUUCUAAGGAGACAUGGAUUCCUUUUAACUCUGAGGAUUCACAGCAGCUGGAAGACGCCUAUGGUUCUGGAAAAGAUUGCAAUGGCAGAGUUGUCCCCACCGAUGGGGGCAGAUAUGAUGUGCAUUUGGGGGAGAGGAUGCGGUACGCUGUAUACUGGGAUGAGCUAGCAUCAGAAGUGAGACGAUGUACCUGGUUUUACAAGGGAGACAAAGAUAAUAAGUAUGUUCCCUACUCUGAGAGCUUCAGCCAAGUAUUAGAGGAAACAUACAUGCUUGCUGUAACUCUGGAUGAAUGGAAAAAGAAACUGGAGUCUCCUAACAGAGAAAUUAUUAUAUUACACAAUCCAAAGCUUAUGGUGCAUUACCAGCCAGUUGCAGGGUCUGAUGAAUGGGGUUCAACACCCACUGAACAGGGUCGACCAAGAACAGUGAAGAGAGGGGUUGAGAACAUCUCUGUUGACAUUCAUUGUGGAGAACCUUUACAAAUAGAUCACUUGGUUUUUGUAGUCCAUGGGAUUGGACCAGCUUGUGAUCUCCGCUUUCGAAGCAUUGUACAGUGUGUUAACGAUUUUCGCAGUGUUUCCUUAAACCUACUACAGACACAUUUUAAGAAAGCCCAAGAAAAUCAGCAGAUUGGGAGGGUAGAAUUUCUUCCAGUGAACUGGCAUAGUCCUUUGCAUUCUACUGGUGUGGAUGUAGAUCUGCAGCGAAUAACUCUGCCCAGCAUUAACCGCCUAAGGCACUUCACCAAUGACACAAUUCUGGAUGUCUUCUUCUACAAUAGCCCCACCUACUGUCAGACUAUUGUGGACACAGUUGCUUCUGAAAUGAACCGAAUAUAUACACUUUUUCUGCAGAGGAACCCUGAUUUCAAAGGCGGUGUAUCCAUUGCUGGUCAUAGUUUAGGUUCGCUUAUAUUGUUUGAUAUCCUAACAAAUCAGAAAGAUUCUUUGGGGGAUAUUGACAGUGAAAAGGAUGCACCAAAUAUUGUCAUGGAUCAAGGAGACACACUGACACUAGAGGAAGAUUUGGAGAAACUUCAACUCUCUGAAUUCUUUAGUAUCUUUGAGAAGGAGAAAGUAGAUAAGGAAGCGCUGGCUUUAUGUACCGACAAAGAUCUUCAGGAAAUGGGAAUUCCCCUAGGACCAAGAAAGAAGAUAUUAAACUACGUUAGGACCAGAAAAAAAUCAACGGGUAUUAAUAGACCAAUCCUGCAGCCAGCUUCAGGGGUGAAUAUAUCUAACAUCCCCAAAGAACUGGAGUUUUGCAAUAAAACAGACUCUACUGGAAAUGGUGACUAUCUGGAUGUUGGCAUUGGGCAGGUGUCUGUAAAAUACCCCCGGCUCAUCUAUAAACCAGAAAUAUUUUUUGCCUUUGGCUCGCCCAUUGGAAUGUUCCUUACCGUCCGAGGACUAAAAAGAAUUGAUCCCAACUAUAAAUUUCCAACAUGCAAAGGUUUCUUCAAUAUUUAUCACCCUUUUGAUCCUGUGGCCUAUAGGAUUGAACCGAUGGUGGUCCCAGGAGUGGAAUUUGAGCCAAUGCUGAUCCCACACCAUAAAGGCAGGAAGCGGAUGCACUUAGAACUGAGAGAGGGCUUGACCAGGAUGAGUAUGGACCUUAAGAACAACUUGUUAGGUUCACUGCGGAUGGCCUGGAAGUCUUUCACCAGAGCUCCAUACCCUGCCUUACAAGCUUCAGAAACUACAGAAGAAGCUGAAGCAGAAUCGGAAUCGAGUUCAGAGAAGCUAAGUGAUGUUAACACAGAAGAGGCCUCUGUGGCCGUUAAAGAAGUCCCACCCAUCAAUGUGGGAAUGCUGAAUGGAGGCCAACGCAUUGACUAUGUGCUACAAGAGAAGCCCAUUGAAAGUUUUAAUGAAUAUUUAUUUGCUUUGCAAAGCCAUCUAUGCUACUGGGAGUCUGAAGAUACCGUAUUGCUGGUCCUCAAAGAAAUCUACCAAACCCAGGGCAUCUUCCUUGAUCAGCCUUUACAGUGAAAAUCAACUAUGUAUGGCUACUUAACGUGAACACUGAAGGAUCCUUCCCCAGAAAAUCUACCUGCUUGUUGCUGCCGUUUUCCUCUCAGCCACGUCAUUUCCUGCAUGUUACCUGCCACUUACCACUGGGGUCUUUGGAAGAUAAUCUUUUUUGGAAGUGAGUAGAAAAGCAAAGAUGGACCAUAUUGCUUUUUACCACUGGCUUCGUAUAAGCACUCGCCAUUCUUCAUAGUGGGGCGUGUUUGCAUCUUUAAUUCUUGGGUGACAGGUGCCAUCCUUUAUUUUUAUUGCUUAUUCCUUGAGAGAGUAUAAAGUCUGUUUUGAGUUUAUUUUGGCUUGGGUAGACAUUUUUCUAGGAGGUUAUUGCUUGUCUUUAGAAAAUGCUCUAGUUUGGAAACAGGCUUGAGAUUCAGAAGGCAUUUUGGGGUACACAUGUCUCAUUGGUGUUCUCUGCACUUGAAGGCUAAGUGGGUGUGUAAAAGACUGUUGAGCAAAUUCUUUUGAGUCCACUUUUCUUUCCUACAAGUACUUUGUGAAGGACCAAAAUGUAGCUGGGAGAGAGUUAUUGUUUAUUCUCUACGGCUGACAGUUGAUCAGAGGAAUCACUGAUGCUGUUCAUUAUUUUCACAGCUGUUGGAGCUGCUCUCAGAGUCUAAAGUGGAUAGUUUAGUUCACAUUAGGUGCAUCUUUAUAAAGCAAAGAUGUUAUAUAUCCUAGACCUACCUGUCUUUUUAUAUCGUGCUUCAACUUAGGAGAGUCUAGAUGAAAUUUGACUUAGUUAUUGGAUAGUAGCUUCUUUCUUAAGUUGAGGGCAAAGUUAUACAAGCCUUGACAGGCUGCUUUGGUUAUAAAUAAAAAUCUUUCAGGAGUACAUCUAUGGUGAAAUAGAAUCUGUGACAGUCAACCACCAUAUCCACUUGGGUGAAGGUAGUACUGUGUGCUCUGUUUGAAAACAUUUUGUAAACACCAUUGCCUUCCUUGGUACCCAUAAUCCAGAAAAUGUAUUAGAAGCCUCAUGGCACAGGCAGUGUUGGUUGGGCAGGUCGGUUUGGCUAGGGGGAAAUGUUUCUUUUUCUGCAAGAAAAACCUACGCCUGUCGGGGCCAAGGAACAGCUAUUGUAGUCAUUGUCAGAACAUGCAAAGUGAAAGGUACCUUGAAGAUGAUGGGUGCGUGUAGACUAACUUUUUCUAGGCAUCUGCUCACCACUGUGCUGUUUUCUUUCUCAUUGGUCAGUUUGUCUUUGCAGUUCUCUUUGUGAUAGUCCUUUACACUCCAUAGGCCUGUAACAAUGGCACAGGCAGGCAAGCUGUGUUUUCGUUUUUUAUAAAAAAUGUUUUUUUGUAAACGUAUCAUGGUAUCCAGUGCAUUGGCAUGUAACAUUCACUUCAGCCAUCCCUUCAACUGCAGUGGUCUUUAUCCCUUUCCAGAGAGGAAAGGAAAAGGAAGUCAAUCACUGUCACCUUAGAGAUGGUAGAGGUGAGGUUGGGGUACAGGGUCAGUGCCUGGCCUUUUCUUGUCCAUCUGCUUUACAGGCUAAUGCUGACUUAGCCACUAAGAAAUGUCAGAUACAUGGAACACUUUUCUAUAUAAACUGAGUUUGAAGUAAGGGUUACUGAGAAUUAAGUAGCAUUAAUUAUAUUUUAGAGGGGAAGCUUUUGUCAAGUUGUCUUCAAAUUUAAGUUUAUUCUUCCUAUUAGCAGAAUAGAGCGUAUUUAAGAGUAAACCAAAGGACAAGCAAGGAGGAGUUCCUGUAACCAAAGAUGAACAGCAUAACCCUGGGAUAGCUAGAUCAACCACUGCUGGGACUAAGAAAUGGUUCUUUCCUGAUGGGGAGGGGCAGGCAGCUGUACAAGAGCUUGAUGUCUCGUCUCUCCACCUGUGGUAGCAUCAUGGUUGCAUAUCACAUAGGAUGAUAGGCUUGAUUUAAAUCCUUUAGUUACAUAUUAUUUGCACUACUUUGGUCGUAUCAUGUGCAGUGUCUUGACCAAGACUAUUUUUCAACUGUAGAGUAUCAUUUUAUACAUAUUUCCUGCUACAGAAUUUGUAUUGCUUAUUUCAGCAAGAGAUUGUCUGCAUGGAAGGAUUAAUAGUACUGAUUAGCUUUCUAAUAUUUUGCACUUUUUGAAAUGUUUGUUUUUUUACAUGAUUAUAUUUAAAAGUUUAUGAAAUACUGAAAUAAAACCAUAUUGACCAGUUGCCUACUUUUACCUUUCAUCCAUUAUACAGAAAGUUAACACAAUAACCAUUUUCUCCCCGUAUAUA